AAGAUUGUAUUUGAACAUGGAGGGUCAAUAUUUUGUGAGGAAGUUGAUUUUGGAAAGAAAUUUAAGAAGAGGAACAAUGACACGAAUGUUGGAUUGUAAUGGAAAAGAAUCUCUGAAAUGGUCCAAAUGACCACACAAAACACCUCUAUUUGUCCGCCACCACUUCCUCCAUCACCACCAUCCUCCCUCCUCCUCCUCCUCCAUCCAACACCGCAACAACGCCCUCGAUCACAUCAUCACAACCUUCUUUCUUCCAUUUGGGGCCACUUCUGAUCGAUUCCUUCCGCCUCCUCCCGCCUCAGAUGCAGACUCUCCCUCCCUUCUCUUGCAUCAGAGGUUCCUUCUGCUGCCCAUGGAUUUCCAUCCUGCCCUCAAUCUUCUCACCCAAUUCGGAUGCGGUUUCGUCCUUCUCCGCUCCCUCUCCCGCGUUUUCAACUUUAUAGGCCUCCUUUUGAUGAUCACCUUUUGGUUCAAGGUUUGGCGUUUCAGCUGGAACUCCAAGAGCGCCAUUCGAUUCCUUUGCACUUCCGGAGGCGUACCACAAAUCCGUUUCUGCCUCGACAGAGUUGCGUGGGGCGUUUCUAAGCCAAAGACCGCGCCUUUGAGAAAAACGCGCCGGACCAGGUCCAGUUCCUCCAUGAGGAGGCGCACCAAUGGCCCCCGAGGCAGAGCCAAUGUGGGUUCCGAAGAUGGGUCGGAGGGGAAGGGCGAAAACCAGAAGGAGGGUGGCAAUGAGGAUGAGGUGUUCGACUUAAUGACGCUGAAAAGUCUCGUCAAGAUGGAGAGACUAAAGGCCAAUGCGGCGUGUGCGGACCUCGAGAAGGAGAGGACAGCGGCUGCCUCGUCGGCGGAGGAGGCAAUGGCGAUGAUUCUGCGGCUGCAGAAUGAGAAGAGCGCGGCAGAGAUUCAAGCCACGCAGUUCCGGCGAAUGGCGGAGCAAAAGCUAGACUAUGACCAGGAGGUUAUUGAGUCAUUGCAGUGGACCAUCACGCAACACGAGGUUCAGAAAUGUGAAUUGGAGGAUCAGAUGGAGAUUUGUAGGGACGAUUUGAGGCAGUUUAUGAGGGACGAGGAUAUACAACAACUUGAAGUUGAAGUGAGUAGAGAUUUCAUGUAUGAUGAUGAGGAGGAGGAUGGGGAUCGUGAUGAUAAUUCUGUAGUUAGCUCUCCCGAAACCGAAUCACAGACCUUGUAAGUUCUGAAGCUUGUUUGUUAUAUACAAAUCAAUUGCCUUUACAUAGACCUGUUUUGGUUUCCAAUUGUAAAUUGUAUUUAACCAUAAUUUAAUUAUUAAUAAUAUCGAAGGCCUAUAUAUAUUUUU